AUGCCUCUCCUCGCCACAACAACCCCCACUGGCAUCGUGUGCACCUGCUCCGAGCCGACCUACGACGAGGUGGGCUGCAUCAAGUGCUUCGAGAGGGGGCUGUGCGCCAUCGAGCACCCGGAGACCAUCAGCUCCGCCCUCACGUCUGAGACGUCGUCGGUGGCCGACCUUUCGCUAGAGACGCCGCCGGGCGAGAAGGCAGUUGGCCUGCAGGAUCACGCCAACGGCGUAUUUUGCACGUGCGAGAAGUCCGAGUACGACGAGUUGGGAUGCGACAGCUGCAUCGAGAGAGCCUUCCAGGCCAUGAAGCAUUGA